AUGCAGAACGUCUCCGAACAUUCUGCUAGUCUUGAAAAGACAGGUGGAGGAGACAUGCAACAACUAAAGGAAGAUGCUGACAACAACUCUUUCUCAGCUAAUUAUUGGAAGAGCUCGAGGAAGCGCAAGCAAGAAAAAGCAUACGAGCAAAGUGGUGAUGAUGGUAAAGAAGACACUUCAAGUUUGAAGAAACCACGUUUGGCUUGGUCUGUUGAAUUGCAUCAACAUUUUGUCGAUGCAGUGGAACAACUCGGCGUUGACAAAGCUGUUCCUAAGAAGAUCUUAGAGAUGAUGAAUGUACCGGGGCUAACGAGAGAAAACGUAGCCAGUCACCUCCAGAAGUACCGGAUGUAUCUAAGGCGGCUUGGUGGCGUAUCUCAACACCAAGGACAUACUAACCAUUCGUUUGCGUCUGCUCAAGAUCCAAAUGUUGGUCCUAUUUCUACGUUGAAUGGGUUUAAUCUUCAAGAUUUAGCUGUUUCGUGUCAGCUCCCAGCUCAGAGCCUCGCACAGCUUCAAGCAUCUGGCUUUGGUCGGCCUUCUUCUUCACUCACUAAACCUGGGAUGUCCGUUUCCCCUCUUGUAGAUCAGAGAAGCGUCUUCAGAUUUGAAAACCCGAAAAUAAGAUUUGGACAUGGACAUGGACAUGGGCAGAGGAUGAACAGUGGGGGUGGUGGUAACGAGCAGAUGCUACACGGUGUCCCAACGGAUCACAUGCCCGUGCAGCAGCAACAACAAAUCGCUAGUCAAAAUGUUCACAGAAGUGGAAUGCUGAUACCUGUUGGAGGAGGAGGGUCAUCAAUUCUACCGUCCCUCGAACAGCAACAACAGAUGUUUUCAAGCAGCGGUUCAAGGAGAAGCGAUCUCACUGAUGCUGUGGUGGUUAGAAACAGUAUCCCGGAGAGAAGAAGCAGUAGAGUGUUACCAACUACACACUCGGUCUUUAAUAACUUCCCCUUGGAUGUGCAUCGAAACAGCAUUCCGUUGGCAAGUGCACAGGGGGUAUCAGUUCCCUACCAAGAAGGACUCACUAGUUCAGCUGCUACUGUGACUACUACAGGGUUUGGUCUGAACGAUUGGGAUAUGCCGAAUAUCGGAAAGUUCUUUAAUUCUCAUCAGGUCACAUCAGCAGCAGCAUCCGUGGAAGCUUACUCGUCGUCUUCCACUCAGAGAAAAAGGCUGGAAGCAGAUCAUGUCCAGAGCCACCACCAGCAACAUCAGCCUGCUCCAAGCCGAAGCCUGAAUCAAAUGAACCAGGAUGACAUGAAUGAUGGUUCGUUUAGAGUGAAGUCAGAGAGAGUGGUGGAGACGGAAACUUUUCCUCCAGCAACAACACUUUUUCACGAGCAGUAUAACCAAGAAGAUCUCAUCAGCGCACUUCUCAGUUUUGACGGAUACUCCAUCGAUAAUAUUUCUGUCUGA